UAGUUCAGAAUACAAAUACUGAAAUAGAUGAAACCAAGUUUAUCGUUUCACAUAUCACUCCUUCCCUGGUGAAUUCUGAGGCUAAAACAAUUUUUUUUUAUCAACAUUGAACUCAAGUUCAGUCCAAAGUUGAGGGAAUUUUAUUUUCCUAGCUUUUAAUAAUCCUAGUUUAAAACAGUUGACUUUUGAUAUGUCUAUGUCUAAUAUGGAGGAAGAGGAAAAUGACCCUGAAAUACAAACUACUAUUACACAAGGUCAUUCCGGCCAUAGUCAGAUCCUUCAUGUCCGUCAGGAUUCUGCAAAUGAGUUGGAUCAAUUAUUCAAUGUUGCUUUGGAUCCUAAUAAAAAGACAAAAUCCCUUCCCAUGAAGUAUAGGAAACUUCCCAAGUCAUUUUUUCAGCAACCGGAUAGACCACGUCAUGUGCCGAUGCAUGCACACUCUCGUUCAAUGGGUGGGCUAGUUUCAACACCAGUCAAUCACUCACGGAGCUCCAGUACAGAUUCAAGUGCAUCUCAUCAAUCCGGUUUAAAUUUAUCUUCGAAUAAUCUUCCACAGCAGUCUCAAACACACAUGAAUAAUAAUAUUGGACCCCGAUCUGGAAACUUUACCCCAGGUCCAAUGCAACAUUCACCCUUUCAAAAUUCGCCAAGUCACCUUGCACUGCAACAACCACAAAUCGCGCACUCCCGAUCCAAGUCAUCACCUGCAAGUUUGCAAAUAGCCAACGCAAAUAUGCAGAUGAAAAUUCAGCAACCUAGUAAUCAUAUUGAAAUACCACCUGAUAUGCCAUUACCACAGGGAUGGGAAUUCGCGAGAACUCAGGACGGUCAAACUUAUUUCAUGAAUCACACAAACAGAACUACUACCUGGGUUGAUCCACGAAUUGACGUAAUAAAAGAGCAACAAGAAAGAGUUAAUGCCAAUAACAUGCAAGCAGUCAACCAUCAACAGUCUCAGAUGCAUAUUAAUAGUGUACAACAGCCUGAGCAAUUAGUUGUGCAGCAACCUCUUCCGAGUGGUUGGGAACAAGCAACUACACCACAGGGUGAAAUAUACUUCAUAAAUCAUGAAACACGGACCACUAGCUGGUUAGACCCAAGACUUCAAGGCAUGAAUCUAGGUGGUCAGUCACAGAUGAAUGCACAGAUACAACAGCAGCUUCAUAAGAUGAAUCAGUUGGACAUCAGUUCUCCACCACCUCCAAAUUCUCACCAACAGAGAAGUGCUCCAGGAUCUCAAAUGUUGUUUAGUAAACUCACAAAAGAAAAAGAAAUGAUUAUGAAAAUGAGGCAACAGCAAAUGCUCAAACAAACCGGUAUGGAUCCUUUCUUGGGUAGUAAUUCAUCAUGUCAUGAGCGAGAACCAAGUCGAGAGAGUGGUGUGAGUGGAAUGGGAAGUAAUUUCAAUCUUCCCAGGACUCCGAAUGAAUAUUUGGGAAGUGUUGAAGAAGAAAUGGAUACAGAUGGGGGCAAUCAUAAUCAGCAAGACAUGAAUCAACAGCAAAGUUGUAUGGCAACUUCACAGCAGGGAAGACAACAGCAUGUCCAACGUGGAAAUGCACACCAACAACAACAAGCUCAACAUUUUCCAGAUUUCUUAGACAGUUUGCCAGCAUCCAGUGUUGAUUUCAGCAACGAAGGAAAUCAUCCUCAAUCAAAUGCCCUUGACAGUGAUGAACUCGUUCCUAGCAUCAGUGAAACUCUGUCGCCAGACUUCAUACAUGAUGUGGAGUCCAUGCUCAAUCCUGUCGUUAAAAGUGAGAACAUGGACAGUAUGACUUGGCUCUGAUACCAGCAUACCAUGUUUGUUUUGGCUUUUAUGUGCCCUCAUGUGCCUUGUUUUUAUUGAAAUAUGUUGUUUUCUAUUUUGCAUUACAUCAAUUAUCGGAAUCUUCGGUUUUAGAUUAUGAAAUAUUUUUUCAAUCGUUUUGUAACUAGCUUUCAAUUGUUGAUGUUUGUGACCGAAUUGACUUUUUAUUUUAUUUUAUAUUAUGUAUUGUUUCAUGUAUUUUUUUUGUUUUCAGUUUCCAGCAUAUGUAAAUAUAGAGUAACCAAAUUGAGGUGCUAUGACAGUUGAAAUAAUAACGACUCAAUCCAAAAAUUCUCUCUAGCAAUGAAAUGAUCAAUGUAUAUUCCUAUAUGUUGAGAUGCACGGUCUGUGUAUGUGGAAAUGUUUUGUGGUUAUUCAUAGUGUUGAUAAUAUGAUUUAUAUGAAUCUUAGUUUUCUGAUACUAUUUCAGACUCGCAUACUGACUAAAUUAUCAUUUAAAUUGUUACUCUCGGGUUAUUGUUUUAUUCCUUAAAACCUCAUUAUUAUUUGGUAACGACAUCAAACUAUCAAGAUAUGUUUUGAUUUUAUUGACGAGACUCAAGUUUUGGUCAUUUCACAGCACCGAUGGUAUUAGCGCACAAAACUUUUAAAUAUAAUAUUCCAGUUCAUCUCUGAUACAGAAGAGCCUGCAUAGUAUAUAGCAGUGUUUUAUUUUUUGUUUCUUGGAGACUUUGCUUUGAAAAAUCCUCUAAAUAAAUGAUAAAAUAUAUUAAUUUCUGGCUUAAGAGUGUUGUACAUAAUUUAAUUUUGACCAAACAAACUCAUUGUGAACAUAUUGUAAUUUAUAUCGUUUUUCUGAAAUGUUCUUCAGUCAUCUGCAGACGACAUAAAUAAAAAUGUUCUCUAUGUGGAAAAUGUACUUAACAACUUUCUCUGGUUGGUUUAAGUUUUAUUAAUCUGGUGGAAUAUAUGAUGAAGAUAUUUUUGAGUAGAAUGAACUAGAUAGAUAAUGAAAAUCGUUGACGAUAGUUGUUGAUGAAUGAUUUAAAUUAUUGCUGUUUUGGAUGACAUGAGGUGUUGAUUUACCCUGAGAGAAGUCUUUUAAUUUUCUCUUUUCAAAAUAUUGAUAGUUGAUUAGCCUGGGUGAAUAAAUCAAUUUCUGCUUGAGAGAUAGGAGUUGUUUAAUGGAAAGAAAAUUAUGCGUUUUGUGUUUUGUUUUAAAUAUUUACGAUACUGAGAAUGUAUGUGUAUAAGCCAUAUAUGGCUUUGAGAUGAUCAAAUCUAUACUUGCCUAUAAUGUGACCUUUUUUUCCUCUGAUAACACCUGAUUCUUUGUAGCCUUCUUUACAUGGACAAAGCAUUUUAGCACCCUAUGUUAUUGGAGAGUAUAUACGCCUGUAUAUCGUUGAAUACAAAUGAUGUUAUGUUUUUGACACAUUUUACUUGAUAUUUGACUCUUAAAUUCAUUUUUGUGAACAAUUCUCCCUGUGUUCAUUUCAGAUUAUUUACAGCUAUAUACGGAAGUUUAGUACAAAAAUUUUCAACGUUAAUUAUAAAAAACGGUUCUGGUUUUAUAAAACGUAUUAAAAAUCGUCAUAUAACAUAAAUACAUAUAUAUUAUAUAUUCUAUUAUACAUUGGUUUUAUUUUUGCUUGCCAGCAUGUGUUUUUAUGAAUGUAUCAUAUUAUAUAAUCUUCCAUCCGAAACGUGCUGUUUAACAUCUGUUUAUUGCAACUUUAUAAUGUGGUAUGUUUUAGUUAUAGGCAGACCAAAAUUUUAACCAUCCUAGCACAUUUGUGAUGAAAGUUAUAUCACUGGACACAUACGGUACUAAAAAGUGUGGGCAACUUAUAAAUAAACAGCUACACCAUGCUAGGACCAGUUUCUAUAUCAAAUCAUUGCAUGAGGUCUGUGAACGAUAGGAUAAGGAAUUGAUUACCUUAAAAAUGUGUUUUCAUGCAUUAAUUUUAUAUCAUUAUUGUGGUUACCAGUGGUCAGACUGUAAAUCGUAACCCAUUCUGCUGCAAGAAAUGUCAAAUGCGGUUUGUAAUAUAAUUUUAUUGUAUAUGGUUGCCCUUUGCACUGAGGUCUAAAAUCUUGUGUUGGCGGUACUAUCACUAUAUAAUAUUCUUUUAGUAUUUUACAUAUAGUGCUGGUACCAAUGUGCCUUACCGUUUUGUUUUCUAUUGUAUUAUUCUAUUGUUUGCCUUUUUUACUUAUUGGAUGUGUGCCUUUUUAAAUGUACAAGCAGCUCGAAAAGUAUUGAUGAGCGUGGUUUGUUUAGCGCAUGUACACUUUUACUCUUGUGUUUUAUAUAAUAUCAGUGCUAUUCAAACUGAAUUUUUUAAGGUACAUCUUGAAUUGAAUUUGCUUUUUCCCUUAAAUGAAAUGCAUGAAACUAUUUUCCAUGGCUUUCUUUUGGUAAAGCAAUGUGUAUAUAUUCGUAUUUUAUUAACAUUUUGAAUAACUCAAAAAUGGAUUCUUUGUA